UCCACUGGUUCAUUCCACAAAUGCCCAUAACAGCUGGGGUUAGCCCUGGCUGAAACCAACUCAGAACUCAAUCCAGGUCUCCCAUGUGGGUGGCAGUGACCCUACCACUGGAGCCCUCACCUCCCUGUUUCCCAGGGUGUACAUUAUCAGGAAGGGAGAAUUGGGAGCAGAGCUGGGAGUCGAGCCCAGCCCUGACGCGGCUCAUUUUCUUUGCUGUGGGUCGUACUGGUGUGGCUGAUCUGCCCUCAUUAAAAUACAUCAGAUUGGAGCAUACAGUCUAGUUUACUUCAGAACAUUUCCAGAGAUGUGUCAUGAUAUUCCCUAAUUUAUAAUAAAUUCUGAAAGGAGGCAGAGAUGGCUCCUCGACUCAUGAGCUACGCAUGUUAGAUCAAAAAAAGGGCAGAAUCCAGAGAUGUUGAACUCAAAUAAGAUUUGAAGUUCUGUCCAUUUUUUUUUUGCCCUCGAUGGAUGUAUUUAAAAUGAAACAGACAGGAGAGGUUAUGACCUUCGGUUGUCUUCUCUUGAGAGUGACGUGUGAGCCUCUGCUGUCUGGGAGCUCCAGGGUUUGACCUAAAGCUUGGCUGUCACUAAUGCUGUGAAGAAGUGUCAUUGGUUUGGCAUGCCCUAAUUCCUUGGUGUUCCCUGUUUCCGUGGGUCAAAUGUAAGCCCUUUUGAGUGUAGACUGGAGAGGCUGAGCAGAGGGGGCAUGGGACCGGGUCUUUCCAGAGUACAGAUGAGGCUUAGCCACUGUGCCUGGCACAUUUCUUCCCUUCAACACGUCCUGUCUGAUGUUUGUCAUAAAAAGUCAGAGACCACUCAACGUGCUUACUACUUCCUUGUUUUAUCCAUAGUAGCUUCUCUUGUAUGGUUUUUCAUUCAUUUUGUGUUUAUUUGAGAGUCAGAGAGAGACACAGACAGACAUGGAUAGAGAGCUCCUAUCUACUGGGUCACUCCCCAAAUGCCCCAAUGGCCAUGGAUGGGCCAGGCCAAUGGCAGGAGCCAGGAACUCAAUCCAGGCUCCUACAUAGGUGGCAGGGAUUCAUUCACUUGACGAAUCACCAGAUGCCUCCCGUGGUCUGCACGAGCAGGAAGCUGGAAUCAGGGGCUUGCACUGGAACUCAAAUUCACACACUCUGAGAUGAGACACGGGGGUCCCAACAGGCGUCUUAAUUGCUAGGCAAACACCUGCCCCUGGAUUCUCUUUUAAAUGAAAGAUAGGAACAUAUAGCUGUGGAUGUGUGUAUAGUCACAGAUGUAGGUACACACCACUGCCCCCCUUUAGAACAAAAGGGUGCUAGUGCUGUACAGAAUUUCAGUGUAAAUUCCUGGGUUAUUGGUUGGCCGCUUGUAAACAACAUGAUCUUCCCAUUCAGAGUAAUCCCCUCUUGCAACUUUGAUUUUGGGUUAACUUAUUUGGAGGUCAGAGUUCUCUACCAUUUGCAUUGAAAGUGUGAAUAUCAGUGUUACGAAACUUUCAAAGGAAAUAUUACAUUAUGCUGAUACAAAAUACUUUGUUUUAACAUGCUACCUUUGUGCAGUGCAAACUUGCAAAGUAGGGUUUGCUGUCACAUGUCCCCCAACACUUUCCCUCCCCAGAAAUUCACUUGUUUUCCCCAGAAUCCCCACUAGCAGCACUGUUGCACAUGAAUCUAGAGAUGGCAGAUUUACGUAUACUCACGGAAAUAGUAGCAUGUGAUCACUUUACAUUAAAGCCAAGUCCAAGGCAAAGUCACAAAUAAAGAAUUCAACAAGUAAAAAGUGAAAAAAUCCCAAUUCCACAGGAAUAUAGUAUAGGUGAGGGCUGUAAACACUCAUCAAAUGAAAAGGGUGCACUCCUACACAGUAAAUCAUGAAACAACAAUCAUGGAGCUUAUUAGAUAAAAAUAUUGGGAUGAUAGGAUGCACCCCUGAACGUGCAGGCACUUAUCUCAAGUACAUAUUGCCUUAUUUAGAGCAAGGGAAAUAUUAACAUCACAGGCUUAAAAAUCUUUGCAGUGUUAAUAUCAGAGGCUUAGAAGUCUGAAAAAGAUACAUAGAUUUGCGUAUGUCUUUCACUAGCUUUUUUGUGAUUUUUGGAACGCUCUUAACUCCACUGAUCCUCAGACUUCUUAUCUUCACUGAGAGGAAGAACGUCUCCAAGAGUUGCUUGAAAAGAUGAAUCAAAUAAGAUAUAAAGGCGCUGGGACGUAGGAGAAAUACCCAGUGUAAGUGAUCUGCUGAUUCUCCUCUUUGCUUGCCUGUGAUAUGAUUGACUGGGAGGACUCCUCAGUCUCUUUUGGAGCUCUGCUUGGCUACAUCGGAUGGGUAAAAAGAACACAGGGGGAGAAUGUUCCAAGUGCGAGAGUAUUCCCUCUCCCUCCCCUCUUCUCUGCUGCGUUCCUACCAGAAUGUGGUUGGGAUCUUCCAUUCUCAUCUCACAACAGCUUUCUUCCCAGAACAGUCCAGGGGUAAAGGGGACAGCAGUUCUAGGGAAGUACCAAGUGCCCAAGAGCCAUCUAUUUCUCACUCUUUAGAUGGCUCCCCUCAAGCUCUUUUUGAGCCACCUGAUAAACAGCUAAGAUGCUAGUGAGAAAUCAGUGUUGUCUUUUUAUUAAACGCAGACCUCCCCAUCUCUCCCAGCUGUAGUGCUAUUCCACAAACGGCCUCUUCUCACCUCUCUGGGUUCCCUGGUGCCUUCUGACAGUGCUGUGUAGGUCAUUUUACUGCUGCUUCUAGUGUGUGACACCUGAGGGUAGAUUCUUCCCUUUGGCAGGUGCAGUGGGAUUUCACAGUGGCCCCAGUGACCUGGUGAGCCAUCCAGGAGCUGGCUCCUACAAGUGGGGAACCUUUCUUUCUGCUGAGGGCCAUUUGGAUAUUUAUCACAUCAUUUGUGGACCAUACAAAAUUAUCAGCUUAUAAAUAAGCCCAGUACAGGUGUGCUGAAUUUUGAGUCCCACCUGUGGAUGCCUUGGCAGGGCCAGACCAAAUGGUUUUUUGCAGGGUUUAUGAGUCCCAUGGGCCAGCUUUCCCUGACCCUGGCUAAAGCCACGCUGACAUCAUCUUCCAUGACUUGUGUGACUUUGGGUGAGUUAUAAAUACUUUAUCCUGAGCCGGCGCCGUGGCUCAAUAGGCUAAUCCUCCACCUUGCGGCGCCGGCACACCGGGUUCUAGUCCCGGUUGGGGCGCCGGAUUCUGUCCCGGUUGCCCCUCUUCCAGGCCAGCUCUCUGCUAUGGCCAGGGAGUGCAGUGGAGGAUGGCCCAGGUGCUUGGGCCCUGCACCCCAUGGGAGACCAGGAAAAAGCACCUGGCUCCUGGCUCCUGCCAGGAUCAGCGCGGUGCGCCGGCUGCAGCGGCGGCCAUUGGAGGGUGAACCAACGGCAAAAGGAAGACCUUUCUCUCUCUGUCUCUCUCUCUCACUGUCCACUCUGCCUGUCAAAAAAAAAAAAAAAAAAAAUACUUUAUCCUUAUAACUCUUAAUCUUUCCUUCUGUAAAAUGGCAUGAGAGUAGAAGUGGAUUUGGAGGAGUUCAGGUGUGAAUCAGUUGAGUGAUAAGAGGGUUCUGAUCUUUGAGUGCAGUGAACAGCUACUUAUACCAACUGUUACUGUUGAGUUAGCUGGAUGCAUUCAUCCAUUUCCUCGGACAUAUUCAUGCAGUAUUUGUGCAGUGCUUGCCACUGACAAGCCACUGUUCUCCCCUGAGAUGCCUGUGUGUCCUGGGACUGUAGUCCAAAUGGUUUCUGCAGGAUCCAGGUGUUUGCAGCAGAAGAGGUUGUGCACUAAGCCAGGAGUCCUUGGAGAGUUGAUAAGCACUCAGCAGAGACAGGUGGGCUCCUCUUCCGUGGUCCUAGGUGCCUCUCAAGAGGCUGCACUGUGUGUGGAGACUGGGAGGAUUCUAUGUUCCUUUCUGCCAUUUUCUGUCAACCCACAGAAAUGCAGGAAGAGGAUUAGACCACGGAAAAUAAUGGAGAAGUGUGUGGUCUGGUUUUCAGUGUCGGGGCUACCAAUUGGUUGACGUGGAGGUCGCCUUAUACAUGAACAUUCUGGCAUAGAAACUUCUGGAAUCUGAGCUCAUGGGUAUAUUCUUUUCCUUUGCUGCUUAGCGUGGGGGUGAGCUUGAACAAGUUGUGGAGCUUGUUUUGGGUGUCAGUUUUCCUGUAGGAAAAUGAAAACGGGAUUGUUCCAAACCAUGAAAGCAGCCAUCCCAGCACCUGGAACAUAUUAAUACCUGUACAUGUCCAUAAUUGCUUAUAAGGUGUUGGGGUACAUUUAUUGAAUGUGUAUUGUGUCCCAGGAACUGACUUGAGAAUUGCAUCCCAGAGGAGCUGAUGAAAUGCAAUCACUCAGACAAGGCACUGGAGUCCAGUUAUUUGAGUUUGAUAUUCAUUUCCACAAUUACAAGCUGUGGUUCUCAUCAAUCUUGGCCAUACCUUUUCUUCAUAUCAUAUGAGAAGAUUCAAUAAUAAAGUAUGUAAAGCCCUUUGAAAAUGCCCGACACCCGUAGCAGUCUUAGUACACGUUGGUCAUUCUCCCCACAUGAAGCAUUGCAAUUGUGAGGCAGUGAAACUUGCCAUUGUUACAUGCAAGAAGCCACUCGAGCUGGUUCCAUCAAUGCCUCUGCAGAAGUAGGGGAUAAAUGAGCACCAUCCUGAAAAUGAAGUCUUCCUCAUCUCUAAGGGGCAAGGGUGCCCAGUUGCCCCUGGAAAUGUCACCUUGGAGGCACAUCCUACAAACCGUACAGAAUUAGAUCCCUCACUUCAUUCCCCAGGAAGCCCUCUGUGAGGCAUCACUCUGCACCUUUGCAACUCUGUGCUGUAGAGGCUGGGGGAUGUCAGUAGGAUUUGGUCUCCCCCCAAAAAGAUGUAUGAGGCUGCAUAUAAAUUGCAUUGAAUUUGGCCAGCCACGAGCCAGCAUUGCUUUUAUGCUGAAUAUCAGCAAAAAGUAUGAAAUGGAGAUUACAUUUUCAAUUCUGGCUUUUUUCCCAAAGCUCUGAAGAGAUGCCCUGAUCCCCCACAUCCAUCAAGGGAGAAUUGCAUUGGUGCAGAGUCCCAGGCUCUCCAUUGCUUGUCACGAAGCAUGCCCUGCGCUCGCUGUCAGACUGGAACCAGGGGUAGCACGCUCUCUGACAUCGGGUUCUUUUAUUCCCCUCCCCCCCAAAUCUCUGCCGUUUCCUCAGUACUUUUUCUUAAGAUCUAUCACACAGGAGGAUCACAAAACCAACCACAAAAAAAUGGCAUUCUUGUGGAUGCUGGAAUUGCUAUAUCUGUCUCUUGGGUUGUUCAGGGCAGAAAUAAGACAUUGAUGCAAAUGUGGUUCAUCCACUGACAAUGAGAAACACGCUUAUUACUUCUUCCUGAAAUACAUAUAUUCAUACCAGCUAUUUCGGUUCCUAUCCCCCAAACAGCCCUAAAUCACUGUCAGUACCUCAACUCCAGGUUCUGUCUGUGCAAGGAGUGUUUACCAGCCUUGUGUGGCUGUGCGGCUUUGUGUGUGUGUGUGUGUGUGUGUGUGUCGGGGGAUAGGUGUGCAUCUGGCUUUUUACCAGCAUUACUUUCAAUAUUUCAACAGCCCCUUCCUGCCCGCCUUCCUUGCCUCUCCCUUCUGCCCCCUGAACGUGAUUGCCUGGCUGGCUCCCCAAAGAGAAGAUGUGCUAAGUGAACCUGACAGAUUCCAGGCUGGCUCCAUAUGGCAAGGCCUGAGUUACAUGUUCCUGGGAUCCCCAAGCUGCUCUCACCUUAUUAAGAUGGCAUUAACUACAUGCAAGUCAAGUUCACUGCAUUGGUUUUAAUUCUUGGGGCCCUAGAGACCAGCCUCAGACUUCAGGGUGGAAUUGGAUGCUGCGGCAUCCUCUGCAAAUGUGACCUUUUCCUUUCUCUCCCGUAACCACACCGCUGGGAGAGAAGUGGGUGAAAAAUGGACCCAGAGCUCAGAAAAAUCUUUGGGAAGUGCGAAGGUGAGGGUAGAGGGCUUUCUUGGGCUGCAGCAGAGGCUGACAGAGACAGCUAAGCAUCCUGUUGUUAGUACUGCUUUAUCUGUGCUCUCUGAACCUUCGCACUCCCACGCAUAAUUGAGACUCAGACUUGGAUCCAUAAGUAUAUAAUUUGAACUCCUCUCUCUCUCUCCACUCUUUGAAAGUCAUGGAGAAAAUUAACUCCGAAUCAAAUAAGUACAUUUCAAACGGAUGAGCACUUGCAACCCAAUGAUUAAGGGCUGGAGUUGAAUCCUACAUUUUUUAAAUAGUAGGAAUUUGUUACAAUGAGUCUGUAGAGUUUUCACCUCACCCAAGACAGAGAGAAAGUGUUGCUACCUCCAUGUGUAGUUUUCCAUAUUCUGAAAGAAAUCUAGAUCCAUGGAUUUCUGGAAGAAUCUAGAAGAGGAUGCUAAGCCUGACUCACCUUGUUUGAACAGCUAGAAGAGAUAGCUAAGAGGGGGAGGCACAGGAUUCAUUCCAAGUGGCCCACAGGGGGAAUUAUAUCCAAAGAGGAGGGUCAGGAGUGGGACAGGAGGUUAGUGAGAAAUGGUGCAUCAGUCGGAGCUGUCCAACUAGAGAAAGUGCUGAAGUGUUCAUGAUGGGAAUUGGGCAACAUCCCGUGUAGGGUGUAGGAUGUCUGACAUUUCUUCUGACCCUAAGGUUCCCUGGUUCUGGACAUUGGUCACACCCAUAUUGAGAUGAUUGCUGAUGCAGACUGAAUUAAUCAUAAUUAUAAAAUGAUUCAUUCUACUCAAAAGCCAUGUUUUCUAGCCUUCCACUAAAUGCAACCAAAAUCCUCAACCUCUCAAUAUGGAGAAAUGAAUCAGUUUGGAUUUGUUUUACGUAAGAGCAACAGAAACCUGACUGCAGUUAUUGCUGUAUUUGUGUCCUAUUUGUCAAAUAAGUGGAUCCCUUCUAAAUGCCAGAGAAAUCUUGGGGACUUUGAUGUGACAAGCAUUGUGCUAGCCUCUUCACUUAUACUGUCUCAUUGAAACCUCAGGUCCUCAGAGCCGGAGUAGAACAGUUGAUCCUCGAUCCUCAGACAGAGAAGCAAAGCUGUAGAAUAACCACCCAUGUAGUCAUGCAAAGUGUUCAUCCCAUCCCUUAUAUGUGACUCUCCAAGGCAUGCCCUUUCUUUAGCCCCACAAUACCCUAGUGCAUUUUUAGGAAGAUGAAUUAGUUUAUUUGAAAGUCAGUGUUAUAUAUAGAAAGGGAUACACCCACACACACCCGGAGAGAGAGAGAGAGAAAGAGAGAGAUUUUCCAUCCUCUAGUUCACUCCCCAGGUGGUUGCAACAGCCAGGGCUGAGCAAGGCUGAAAGCAGUAACCAGCAUCUUCAUCCAGGCCUCCCAUGUGGGCAGCCAGGGCCCAACCACUUGAUCCACAUUCUGCUGCUUUUUCCAGGCACAUUAGCAGGGAGCUGGAUUAGAAGCAAAGCAUCCAGGACUCGAACCAGUGCCCAUAUGGGAUGCCGGUGUUGCAGGCGGUGGCUUCUUCCACAGUGCCAGCUCCCCUUGCCCCAGGACACUUCCAGGUAGUCUUGACCCAUCAUCUUUGGGACUGGUCAUGAGAGCCGUCUUCCUUCCGAGUGAAAGCAGGCGGAUAGGCCUAGGUAUGAAGUGUGUCCCUUGGAUCGCAGUUGAGAGGUCUAGCCAAUGUGGGCUAUGGUGAGCUUGGAUGUCUUUAAUCAGCUCUGCCUUUUCCCUCGUGUGCUAGGUUCUUAACAGAGUGACGCGUGAACAGGUUUCCCCAGAACUGUCUUCAGUCCUUCACUUUGGUGAUAGACAUUCCAAGCCAUCAUUGAAAAUUUACCCUAGAUGCCCACCUUGUGAUCCAGCUAUGGCUGUUCAAUUCCUGUGGAUGUGCAGACACCAGGGCUGGGUCUGAAGUGAGGCUGAUGUGCGGGCUGUACUGCAGCAUGAUGUCACUUUGCUAAUGACCCUGUAUCUGCUUCAUACACACCUGUCUUUUGCUUGAUGGUUCAUUGAGGCCAUUUAUUUCCAUGUUCUUGGGGAGAGGUAGAACGUCCUGGGGUUUUAAUGCUCAUUAAGGCUGGGUGUCCUGGGAAGGCCACACAGAUUCUCUGGGCUCCACUUUUCUAAGCUUAAAGUAGGGAUAUUUAUCCUGCCAUGUCCACCCCAUCGUGGCUUUGUGAAGCAUUGUGGGGUCAUGAGUGGAGCAAGGAAUUUUGAGCAGGACAGAUCUGAAAUCCAGUCCUGCUUCUGCGGCUUCUAUGGGGCUCAGCUUCCCUGUCUGUAAACUGGGUUAGCAGUACCAACCCUGUACUCUUUCAAGGAUUAAGAGGGAGAAUGCCUAGUGCACACAGUGGGUGCUCAGAAGAGGUUUAUCCCGUUUAUGCAAAGGAGAACGUGAACGCAGUCGUCCCUUUGGGAAACAGAAGUGUGGUGAGCACAGCACUGCUUUGUCCUAAUUAUCCGCAGCUCCCUCCUUUCCUUCUGUGCUACUGACUUCUCAAAAGCUGCAAGCCCUGUUUCUGUAACCCUGCUUGUCUCAAGAACAGACUCAUUUUCGGAUGCGGGUUCCCUCUUGCCCGAAGGCCUCUGUCCCGCAUGAGCAGAUUCAGUGCUGAGAGCGGCGUGUGCAGCCAGAAGCACAGACCACUUCUGCUCAGAAAUCCUCUUCCCUCCCAGUGCACAGGCGUGCCUGCAAGGGAUGUGGGAAACCAUUUGUGAGAAGUCGUAAUUAAUGAUCUGCUGGGUCUUGGCACUUACCGAGGAAGCAGAAAGCCGCUGGGAGUCGGAGCCUCCUCCGGCAGCAAAGUCCUCCUGGGGCUGUGUCUCUCCAUGGGCAGGAGGAGAAGUGGCAGAUCCUGGGAGGGAGGGGUGGAAGGAGACUCAGGGCGCCGGCUUCCCUGUGGAUUUCGGGCCUGACACCCAUUUGUUUGCCAUGUGUGGUAACAGUAAUAUGGGCACAGACGCCUGGCUCUUGAGACAAAAAGUUCUUGGGCUUGGAUUCUCUCUCUCUCCUUUUCUUUAGGAAAUGAAGCGGGUAUGCAGAUACUUUUAUCAUUUGCAUUGUUUUUCUUUAGUGGAAUAUUAAGAUGCCUCACUAGUGCAAGUUAUGUUUUUUUGGUGAGUUAGCAAGAGUUGAUCCAUGCCUUAAUUUGGUCCUAUAGCUGGUAGGCUGUUCUAGAAGUUACCCCCCAGCAGGUGUCAUAGGGGCUGUUAAAGGAAACCCUGAAUAUAACAGCAGCAUCCUGCAAUGCAAAAAUUAUUUGCUAUUUCUUGUAUGGACCUGAUAAGACUGCUUUGAGUAUUAUGAAAGGCACUGCAUACAAAUCAGUUGGGUCAAAUUUACACAGAGCAAGGACUAGCAAUGGUUGUAAUGGCAACAAGCCCUCCACUUUAUGGUAAUGACAAUAACACUCUGCAGUGUUGACCCCACUGUGUUGCAUGGAGGUUACAUGAUCUAAUAUAUGCAGAAUGCCUGGCACGGCACCAGGCACACUGCACUGCAAGAGCUCAAGAGAUGUCAGCUGCCAUCAUCCUUGUUCAUUCCAUCUUUACAGCUACUCUGGGAAGUGCAUCAGGCAGGGGUUGCAGCCCCACCUUCAGGGUGAAUAGAUGGAGAUACUCUCAAAGAGGCUUGUCCAGUGCACACAGCUCUUUGUGGUCACUGACUUUAAUUGCAGCUCUCGCCUUAAUCCUGAUGUUCUCCUUGGACCUCUUCAGCCCUCCUACAAUUUCCUUCCAGUUUUGUGUUUUAUUGAGAGUCAGCCACUAGCAUUGUGUGUCUCUCCCCUUUGAUGGCCUGAGGUUUGUUUUGGGAGGCAGCAGCUGAAGACAAUAUCUGGUCCCAGGGACACAAAUUCAACAACUGUUCUGCCAAAGAACCCAGGAGGAGAUGCUGUGAUGGGCACUGUUUGUCAGAGAGAGGCCCCCCUGCUUGGGGUUAGGACCCACAGGGAUGAAGGAAUUUUCCUUCCUGGGUGUAUUUGCUGAAGUUCUUAGAUGUGCUGGCAAACCCCUGCCCACCCACCUCUAUGCAAAUGAGCCCUCCCACAAGCUCGGGAUGCUCCGUCCCCAAAUCCUGAGCACCAUGUGCAGAUGGGCUUGGCUGCUGCAGAAACAGCAACGGAGACAGGGACAGCUGUUGCCGCAGUGAUCUCCUGGUAGACUUUAUCUUUGUUGGGAAAGAGGCCUGCCCCUGGAAAUGAGAUCUGACAGCGUGCUCAUCACUGGUAAUCAGGAAGCCGCAGCCGCCCCUGACACAAUGGCUCAGCCUUACGCGUCGGCCCAGUUCGCUCCCCCUCAGAACGGCAUCCCCGCGGAAUACACGGCCCCUCAUCCCCACCCCACGCCAGAGUACACGGGCCAGACCACCGUCCCCGAGCACACGUUAAACCUGUACCCUCCCGCCCAGUCGCACUCGGAGCAGAGCGCCGCGGAGAGCAACGCGCAGACCGUCUCCGGCACCGCCACACAGACAGAUGACGCAGCACCGACGGACGGCCAGCCCCAGACCCAGCCUUCAGAAAACACGGAAAACAAGUCCCAGCCCAAGCGGCUGCAUGUCUCUAACAUCCCCUUCCGCUUCCGGGAUCCAGACCUCCGACAAAUGUUUGGUCAAUUUGGUAAAAUCUUAGAUGUUGAAAUUAUUUUUAAUGAGCGAGGCUCAAAGGGAUUUGGUUUCGUAACUUUCGAAAAUAGUGCCGAUGCGGACAGGGCGAGGGAGAAAUUACACGGCACCGUGGUAGAGGGCCGUAAAAUCGAGGUAAAUAAUGCCACAGCACGUGUAAUGACAAAUAAAAAGACCGUCAACCCUUAUACAAAUGGCUGGAAAUUGAAUCCAGUUGUGGGUGCAGUCUACAGUCCCGAAUUCUAUGCAGGCACCGUGCUGUUGUGCCAGGCAAACCAGGAGGGAUCCUCCAUGUACAGUGCCCCCAGUUCACUUGUAUAUACUUCCGCAAUGCCCGGCUUCCCGUAUCCAGCCGCCACCGCUGCGGCCGCCUACCGAGGGGCGCACCUCCGAGGCCGCGGGCGCACCGUGUACAACACCUUCAGGGCUGCGGCGCCCCCGCCCCCGAUCCCGGCCUACGGCGGAGUAGUGUAUCAAGAGCCUGUGUAUGGCAAUAAAUUGCUGCAGGGUGGUUACGCUGCGUACCGCUACGCCCAGCCUACCCCUGCCACUGCCGCCGCCUACAGCGACAGAAAUCAGUUCGUCUUCGUUGCAGCAGAUGAAAUUUCUUGUAACACCUCUGCAGUUACGGACGAGUUUAUGCUGCCGACCCCUACCACCACACACUUGCUCCAGCCCCCACCUACGGCGUUGGUGCCAUGCCCCAAGGCUCCAGCCCCAGCACAGACUUCAGAGGAGCUAAGCUGCACACUUCCAGGCCUCUGCUGUCAGGCAGCUGAGCAUCUGCCUGCCUCUCCUCCCCUAUUACAAUUCAUGUUUAAAGUCAUAGUCGCCCAGGAAAGAAAAUAGACAGGGGCACACUUUGUGUGUGUGCCUAGUACCUAAGACAGUAGAAGGCAUCAGCUGGGUUGUCUUGUUUUCUCGGGGCUGGGGGAGGGGGUCUGGGUUUUCUUUGGGGAGGGGAAAACAUGGGAGGUCAGGGUGGGUUGAAUUUGCCUGUACUUGUUCAAACUUCUAUGCACUAAAACUCUUGAGUACAGUAAGACGUGCCCAUCACGUGAGAGCGUAUGCAAUCAUUACAAAGCUUUGGCAUGCAGUUUUCUGCUUGGAUCAAGACUAGCAGUCCUUAACGUAAAAACAAAUCCCCAUAGGCAUUCGUUUGAAUUGCCAGUACUUUUAGACAAAAGGAAAUAGCUAAGUGCCACCUCCUAGCCAUUUAAAGCCAUGGCCAGACAAUUCACUGGAACUUAAUCCUAGAAAUCCAACCAUGUUUUGGAAACGUAUUUUUGCACAAGCUUAAUUUCGUCCAGCAAUUCAUCUGUACGCCUCCCCUCUCAGGAUCAGGCUCCAUACAGACUGCUGAGCCGAGUCAAGAAGUAGAUUUAAAUUUCCAUCAUGAUUUUGCUUUCAACAACUCUUCGCUAACACCUCGUCCACCUGAGGAAUGCGUUGGAAAGGAGAGUUGAAUGACUAUCUUCGAUAGAUUGUUGAAAUUCCACCCCCAAAGUAGAUGCAGCUUUCCCUAAGGGACCAUAGUGUUCAUCCAAGAAACAAAAUGACACAGUGCAACUCUGCCCGCUGUCCUGUGUGUAUAGCAGAGUCCUCCUUUUCGCUCCCGGGACAGGUUGACUGAACUUGGCUGGACAGGGCUUCUCUUUGUCAGGAGCUUUUAGGGGCGGUCAGGACUGGCCCUAGCCUUAGUUCUCCAGGAGUGGCCGGGGACGGGUAGGGGGUGCCUCCAUUGCGGUUGGUUUUGAGUGUCUAUUUUUCACAUUAGUCUUUUUUGAUGAUGCACGUGUUGCAAAAGGAAAAUGUAAAAAACACACCCCUCAAAUUGCUUUG